AUGGGUUCCCCAACCAACACAACAGCAAUUGUGACUGCUGCAUCUGGUAUCCCACAAAUGCCCCAACUGAUCUCAAUCAAUGCAGCUUCACAACUACCCUUGAAACUCACUGGGAGCCAUAAUUUUUCUACUUGGAAAGCACAAAUAUCUACCCUUCUCUUUGGGUAUGAUCUUAUCGGCUAUCUCGACGGCACUGAACCAUGUCCUCCACAGUUUCUCAACUCAACAAAUGGCUCAAAUACUCAACAAACGCUCAACCCGGCUUACAAAAUUUGGACAAGACAGGAUAGUCUUAUCCGAAAUGCAAUCAUGGCCUCGGUAGAUAGCACGAUUGCACCAGUUAUUGCUAAUGCCCCAACAACUGCAACUGCUUGGCAAAGUCUACAUACUGCAUAUGCAAACAAAUCACAAGCCCGCAUUUUUGGACUUCGUGAACAACUAUCCACUCUUAAGCGAAGCUCCAGGUUUGUUGCUGAAUUUAUGGGAGAGAUCAAGACCCUUGCAGAUGAACUAGCUGCCUUAGGCUCCCCUCUUAGCAGUGAAGAAUUAAUAAUUAAAGUUCUUAGUGGUUUGGGACCUGAGUAA